AUGUAUUUUGCAGAAACGUUUGUUCCUGAGGAAGGAGGGACAAUUGAUGCAAGGGAAUGGGCUCUUGAACAGCUAAUGCUGGCACAUCAAAUCCAGAAUAUAUCAAAGGAAUUAAUGAACGACCGUCUUAAUGAAUUGAUGCAAGAAACUGAAGUUGUCUGCGCAAAACUGAAAGACGGUGCAGACGUCUGGUACGAUGACAUAGAGGAACUCAAAGGAUGCCUGCAAAGCUGGAAAGAUGCAAAAUCACAGAGCUUUAAAGAGGAGAAACGAAAAAUGUUAGAAGAUCAGAAAAGGAGAGAAGAAGAGAAUAGAGAGAGGCGAGAAAGAGAAGAAAGGGAAAGGAGAGAAAGAGAGGAGAAGAAACGGAAGGAAGAUGAAGAACGGAAAAGAAGUGAGAAAGAAGAAGCCGAACGUAAAGCAGAGGAGGAACGAAGACGAAAAGAAGAAGGAGAAAGACUAAGAACGGAGGAAGAACUACGUCGAAAGCGAGAAGAAGCCGCUAGAAAGCAAGAGGAAGAAAGACAACGUUUGGAGGCAGAGGAAAGAGAAAAAGAACGGGUUCAGAAAGAGGCCGAAGAAAGAGCUUGGAGACAAAACCCUAACAACUGGAAUAAUGUGACAUACAGCAGAGAUUGCGACGAAGUUGAUGGAAAGCGCGCAUACCAUGGUGGUAUCACAUGCGUCAUGGCUUCACCUCCCGGAAGCAUUGAAAAGGACGACGUAGAAUGUAGUGCAAGUGAUGAAGUUGACUCAGUAAUAGAAACACUUGAAAUCGACGAAAAGCCUGUCAGUUCGAUUCUUGACAUACAUUCAAGAAAAGGGAACCUUCAUUCAGAGGUUGCAAGCAGAAUUUACAUUCCACAUUACUCAGCGUUUAGCUCGAACGACGAAACUGUGGUUAAAAUUUCCUUGAAUCAUAGAAGCUGGGUGACAGUUUCACCAGUACCUUCAACGCCAAACAUGGAGGAACACGAAAAAGUGGUUCAAGGAAUGGCUUGCUUAGAAGUUAAUGACUUUAGCAGUCUUAGGGCAAUCGUAGUAACACGACCGAGAUGUCAGACUAUCAUAGUUGAUAUACCCGGUAUAUCUAUUCGUUCCACAAUGGACAAGAAAGUGAAUCUCUUUGUUCCGAGAAAUGCAUUUGGUUCCAGAACAGAACUGAAGUUAAUGGUGCAAUCUGUCUCUGAACAAGCACUCGCCUCGUUUGUAAACGACAACAAUGAUCUAAACAAUAUACUUGCUGUUAGUUCAAUUGUUACACUUAUCUGUGGAAAAGAGCCGGCAAAAGCCAUUCAAGUCGACCUGACCUCUUCACAGAGACAAAAUAGCGGGAAGAUUCAACGUGGAAAGACAUACCAAUUAUAUACAAGUAAGGACAAGGUAUGGAAGUUUGCUGACGUCGAGUGUAAAGGACAUCAGGAUGAUAUUACAGUUGUACUUCCAGCAGGUCGAGAAAAAUAAACCAUAAUGGAGUUAGAUAUGCCGUCAAGUUUUCCGAGAGAAAGUGUGCCGAGCGUCGCAGAGGCCUUGCAAACUUGUAUAAAUAAAACAGUCGUUGUGAUGAUUGUAAAACAGCAUGCAGAUGAUUAUAAC